AUGCAUGCUGUAAAGAAGAGGUUCUCGUCCAACUCAGCCUCUUAUGUUUCUCCCGUCGGUCUAAACUCACCUCGUCCGGACGACUUGGAAGGCUUGUCCCCGGAAUUGGUACCUAUUGUCACAUUGCUCUCGUCGCAGUCACACCGUCGGUACCAUGAAGGUAUCUUUAUGCUCUACUACGAUCUCAACGGGGACGGAAAACCCGCUGACCGCGAAUGGAAAGAGGUAUACGGUAUCUUGACCGGGUGUCAGCUAGCCUAUUGGGAUGCUGCCAACUUGGCCCAAUUCAGAAACAACCCCGAUGCCCUCUUGGAGACUUCGGCAAAACCAAACUAUAUCAACUUCACCGAUGCUGUCUACAACGCGAUGAAGUCCCUCCCAGCGGCCAAACAAAACUUGGACAACGUUGUCAUCGUGUCCACCACUUUGAAGAAUAGAUAUAUCUUACAGUACAAAUCGUUCAACGACUUGAUAACGUGGUACUCAGCCUUGCGUUUAUCGAAUUACGAGUACUCCGCCCUUCAGGAGGCGUACUCCGGUGCGUUGUUAUCAGCUAGAGGAGCUCGUCUUUCAGAUAUCAGAACCAUUUUGGCUGAAAAACGAUUUGAUCACGAAGACUGGGUUUCUAUCAGAUACGGCAGUGGUAUGGCCUGGAAGCGAUGUUAUGCUGUUAUAGAGCCUUCUCAGUCCAAGAAGAAGACGUUUAUCCCUGGGCGAAUCUUAUUCUACGAAACAGACCAAAAGAAGAAGAAACAGUUGAUGGCUGUAGUCAGUAGUGCUUCUUCUGUCACUGCAGUGUAUCCGCAAUCGCACCAGUUGAUCGAUCACAGCACCAUGUUGAAGAUGGAGGCUAUGAUCAACUUUAAGUCGCCUUCUCUCUCUACUAAAGUUCUGAAAAAAGUAGCCGACGAUUAUAGAAAUACGUCUAUCUUCAUAAUGCCAGAACAGCACUCUUCUGUUCCAGGCUUUGAUACAUUGAUCCGGUUUUUCGUACCCUUGCUCGAUACCUUUGGACUUUACGGAAGACCUAAACGUUUGAAGGCCAACAGAACAGAUCCUGAUUCGUUAUUAUUUGGCUUGCCUACUUUACCAUUUGUCCACUACUUGGAGUUGCAAGAUGUCCUUCAGUUGGCUCAAAAUGGCGACUUUUUGAGCUGGGAAGUGAAAGCAUGGACAUCCAACAUCAAAGCGGUGAUAAAGCAGAAGUUAGAUCGAGGCUAUGAAGGUUGUGGCAGUCAGAGAGGACUUGUGGGCGCCUUGUCGACUUUGAGUAGUCCAGGUAACAGUAGAAUAAGUACACCUACUCAAAGUCAACACUCUGUUUAUAAUUCUAGAGAUGCUCCACCACUUCCAACGGCUCAACAAUAUCCACAAAAGACUCUGGAUUUCCUGCUGCCUACUCCUCCACCUCCGGAGAUCAAGGUUGCUGGCGAUUCUCUGUCCAGAUCUAGAAACAUUCAUGAUUUAUCUAUCAAUGUGGCUAAUGGUAGCAAUGCUGCUGCUUUGGAUGCAAAGGAUAACCACAAGUCUGUUCAUUUGGAUGAUAUAUACCACAAGUAUUCUACUAUUCAGACUCCUUCUGACCAGUAUCAGGUAGACAGGAACGAGUUGUUGAAUGGCUCGGAGGAGCAGUUUAUAGAAGACGAGUUGCCUGUGGGUGUUAGAAAGUUAGACUUGGAAGACAGAAACACAAACGUGUAUCCUGUCAACGAUGAAGACUUGUUCAGUGAAGAAGAAGACGAUAACAGUUCGGAAAAGAUCGAAGCCAGACGUAUUGGCAUGUUGCCUUCUUCAUCUAAUUCUUCUGGAUUGAACCAGUCGUUGAAUGUUCCUGUUUACAAUAAUAGAAACAGUAGUUACUCUUCGGUCCAAUCCCCUAUGACGCAGUAUACUGAGUUCAACGAUCAGUUCUCCAAGGCUUUGGGAAAAAGCGAUCAUUCUACUCGAGUCCAGAGAGACUACGGAGAGUUGUAUCCGAGCGACGAAGAGCAUUCUCCUCCUCCUGAAGCCCCUCCUCACGAAUCGUUUUCUCACGACGAGCCUUCAAGCUCGUACAUAUCCAAAUCAGGUCCAUCGUACAACUUGUCAGGUGCAAUCAACAGCGUGCCACUGGGAACGACGACUCCUAGAAACACCGAACCCAGAUUCAUUUCUUCUCCUAACUCUUCUCAGAAUCAAAUUCACAGAUUUGAGUCACCACCAGCUGCAACUAAAGCUCCUGCCAAUAUUAGAACUCCUACAAAUGAAGUUCCAGAAGAGGCUUUUGCAGUCAAACCUUCAGCUUCGCAUCAGAAGUUGCAGCAGCAAAUGUCGAUUCCAACAUUAUCGCAACAGCAAAAGACCGUCUUCUAUCCUCAGGCAGUUCCUAAGGAACCAGUGUAUCCUGUAGUAGCUCCACAGAAACAGAGCUAUCCUCAAUCACAGAGUUUUGGAUAUACUAACGAUGCUAAUAGACAAAAUCCGGCACAGCCUCGUCAACAGUAUCCACCUCAACAACAACAACAACAACUCAAGAUUCACCCAUUGCCACAGCAGCAACAGCAACAACCAAAACCAAACCAAUACCAACAGUAUCCUCCUCAACAACAGCAAUUCAGAACUCAAACUCAACAGCAACCUCAACAACAAUACAGACCUCAACAACAGCAACAGCAUAGACCACCGCCUCCACCACAACAGCAACAGCAUAGACCAUCACCUCCACCACAACAGCAACAACCUCAACAACAAUAUCGCCCUCAGCCCCAACAGCAACCACUACUGGGUCAUGCGCAUCCUUACGCUCGUCAAGCUCAACAGCAACAACAUGUUCCAGGCUUUCGUCUGCAUCAACAGGUUCCCCAUUACAACCAACAGGGUGGAGCUAUCCCAAGAAAUAAUGGACAAGCACCUACACAGCCUCAGGGCCAGAAUCCAGCUCAGAUGAGAGGCUACGAUCAACAGCAACAGUAUGAGUAUAAC